GCAAAAACAUGUAUUGUGGGUUGGUCACCCCUGGUCACACCGUACAGAGUGUUACGCAGAGCACACAGUAGUCCGACGAGCUCGUUGUUAAAUUGCUAAAUAAAAUUAAAAGACAUGAGUUGUUGUUAGAAGCAAACAAAGCUCAUUGCAAUAAGCGCUUAACACAUACACAUGGCAGAUACACUAUUAGUUAAAAUUAAUAGUUAAAACUGACACAAAUUGCCAUUUGUGUGCAGUGUGCUUUAUAUUUUUUCACUGUUUUUAUCGAUUAUUUUUGUAUGUGUAUUGGGACUGUUGCUGGCGCGCGAACACGCACACUCAUUAGUAUACAAAGAAAAAUAAAAACAAAAACAAAACAGUUGCUGCAUUUAGAAGCGGAACACAAGAACAACAACAAAGACAAAUACGGAAGCACAGAGAAUAGCAGUAGUGUAUCACUAAUUAGGGGCAGCAGCCCUCAAAGUGAAAGUACUGAUAAGAUGCAACGAACUGCAGCAAAUGGGAAGCAUAAACCACCGAAACAAUUGUAUCCACAAGAUCAACCACAACAACAUCCACAACAACAACAACAACAACAGCAGCAGCCAGUGAUGCCACUUAAUAAACAGGCCAUGUCUGCGGACGAGCGAAAAGCCACCAAGAAAUCUUUAGUCAUUGUCGUUGCAUUAUUUGUUGCCAGCUUAACAGCAAUGUUCUAUGUCUAUGCAAUAUUUCCCGAAUUGAACGCCUCUGAGAAGCAACAUUUGAAAAUACCACGUGACAUACAAGAUGCUAAGAUGCUUGCCAAAGUUUUGGAUCGCUACAAGGACAUGUAUUAUUUUGAAGUAAUGUUCGGCGUUGUGGUCGCUUAUGUAUUCCUACAAACAUUUGCCAUUCCUGGUUCGUUAUUCCUGUCGAUCUUACUUGGAUUCUUAUAUAAAUUUCCGAUUGCCCUGUUCCUAAUUUGCUUCUGCUCUGCGCUGGGCGCCACACUGUGCUACACGCUGUCGAAUCUGGUUGGACGCCGACUCAUACGACAUUUCUGGCCAAAAAAGACGAACGAGUGGUCCAGGCAUGUGGAAGAGUAUCGCGAUAGCCUCUUCAAUUAUAUGCUUUUUCUGCGCAUGACACCAAUAUUGCCCAAUUGGUUCAUUAAUCUGGCAUCACCGGUAAUUGGUGUACCACUGCACACAUUCGCCUUGGGCACAUUUUGUGGCGUCGCUCCUCCAUCGGUGAUCGCCAUACAGGCGGGCAAGACGUUGCAGAAAAUGACUAGUUCAAGUGAAGCCUUUUCCUGGACUUCGAUGGGUAUAUUGACACUUUGCGCAUGUGCCUCCCUGCUGCCUGGGCUCCUCAAAAAUAAGUUCAAGAAGAAGAAGAAGGCGUAAAUCUCCAAGUUCCUGGAAACUGGAGCCGAAGUGAUCUGAGCAUAAAACUAAACGUACCAAAAA